AUACUCACUUAACUUUGUUUAAGGCUAACUUAGGAAUACUUGAAUGGAAGUUUCCAAGCCUAAGGUCGCACGAUUGCUAGGCUCAAGACCAAAGCACGUGACAGUGGUAGUAGAGCUAAUUCUAGAGGGUAUCAACGAUGUGUCACUACGGAUAGUGGGCUCUCGUUGGAGUGGGGAAGAUAUCACGGUCCUAAAGUAAAAUUAAGAAUCUCACAUCGGUUGAAUAUUAGAAUUGAUCUUGAGCUAUACCAUUCUCUCUUUAUGCGGCGUUUUUUAUAAAAUAAAAUUAUGAGGUCGAAAGGACAAAAUGGAUAAUACUUCACAAAAUGUGAAUCGUAAAGUGAUCUAGGAUGUUGGAAGAGUGUAUAUCCAAGUCCUGAAGCCCCACAGAGGUUGAGUCUCAGCCGUGACACAGGAACGGUCAGUGGUGAGGAGAAAGAAAACAUCUUCAGAGCUAAGAACGAAGGAACGACGCAAGCAAAGGUGUCCCAAGUUCAAUCCUUAUGCCUUUGAUUUUGCAUUGUCAGUAAAAUUCAUUCGUACUAUUGUUUAUAAUCGGAGUAUGUUUGUUAAUGUUGCAUUUUCUGUUACUUUAGAUGUCGGCGUACGAGAACAUUGUCGGGGGAAGACUGAGGCUGAAGGGGAAAGCCCUCCACGUUAAAGUAGAUGGCAUUUCCAAUAACAAGAAGAAGAGACACAAACACCGUCAUGCCUCCCUCUCCCACCAAGGUGAAAACACAGGCUUGCCAACAAAUCGGACUACUGAGGAGGACCUACAUGAGACUGAUAAAGAUGGCAGCGAUUUUAAUGCUUUUGAGGAUCAUCUUACUCCAGCUGAAAGAAAAUUCCUGCAGCAGACACACGAACUUGAGCUCAGAACACUGGCAAAGAUGGCAAGCAAAUCACACCAUGAUCGCAUUCAGGAAUUUAACCAAUAUUGGGCUAAUCUAACUGAGCAUUAUGACAUUCCUAAAGUUGGCCCUGGUUAAUUUGCUUGAACUCAUCAUCUGUGCUGUUUUCGGUUGAUUAUUUGUGGUGAUCUGGAUUUCAUAGUUCAAAAGGUGCAGUAUUGUUUGACCUAAGACUAUAUAAGUUCUAUUUCAAUUGU